CUAUAUUCCAUUCACCAAUCAAACCAUUGCAACAAGGUGCAUUGUCCAACCUGCUACUCCUGCCGAUUCUAGAUAGCGGGGACAAGUCAGUUCACAGUUGAAUAUAUGUUUGCUUCCGUGUUUGUAUCUUUGAUGUAACCAUCGCGAUGCAAUUAAAGUUGUUUUGCUACUCAUCUAACUAAAAUGGCGUCGGUGUUUAUCAAUUAACUGGCUUUAUGUGGACGUUACUCAGUGAUCGCAUCCGAGUGAGUCAUAAACCAACAUAGCAAUGACAUUUUUAUAGCACACAGUGUGAAUACGUUUCUAAAACGUUGUGUGGAAGACUCGCAAUUGUGAUUUACGGAGCAGAAUAAUGCGCGAAUUCAAAGUUGUUGUGCUGGGCUCGGGUGGGGUCGGGAAGAGUGCAUUGACUGUGCAAUUUGUGUCUGGUUGUUUCAUGGAGAAAUAUGAUCCGACAAUAGAAGAUUUCUAUAGGAAAGAAAUAGAAGUAGACAAUUCACCAUGUGUUUUAGAAAUACUGGACACCGCCGGCACGGAGCAGUUUGCUUCAAUGCGAGACCUGUACAUAAAAAAUGGCCAAGGAUUCGUCGUAGUAUACUCAUUAACAAAUCACCAAACGUUCCAAGACAUCAAGCCUAUGAAGGAAUUGAUAACGCGCGUGAAGGGUUCAGAACGCGUGCCCAUUCUCCUGGUGGGCAACAAGGCUGAUCUCGAGCACCAGCGCGAGGUGUCGCACAUGGAGGGCUCGGCGCUCGCCCAGGUCUGGGGCUGUCCUUUCAUGGAGGCGUCAGCCAAAAGCCGCACCAACGUAAACGAAGUGUUCGCCGAAAUCGUCCGCCAAAUGAACGUUAGUCCCGAAAAUGAAAAGAAACCUUAUUGUUGUUGUACAGUGCUUUAAUAUUUAGAGUGUAAUGUGGCAUUUAUUUCUCGUAAGACUGCAAGGACGAGGUGGGUGGCGGGAGUUUGCCCGCCUUGGCUCGAAGGCCGCUCGUCUCCAGCGGGGCGCUCGGCGGCGCGCCGGCCCAGGCCGCUGGGCCUGUGACGGCCUCGACGCGCGUCAUAUCACGUUGUUAAUAUCUUUGAUACAUACCAUUGUCCAAUCGAGGUGCUUUAUCUUAUAUUUUCAUACUUUAGUACUGGUAGAUACUCCCGCAGUUAUGAUAAUCGCAUAAAAGUAACAAAAACGUUUUGUACACAUACUCAAAUGCAGACAAGAAUCAUGAUCAGCUUGAUUUUGUUUAUUGUCAAAGAAAUGCAUGCAGAUGUUGCAUAUGGCUAAAGGAAAGCAUGUAAUAUAAACUAAUAUUAGUCAACUUUGUAUAUAAUUUCAUGAGAUUAAAGAGGCAAGGAUGAUUAUUUUAGAGAAUAAAAAGCCAUCCAAUAUGCAAUAAAAAUAAUAUUAUGAUUGUAUAGAGAGGAGUGGGAUGCGUAAGAGUUUACACAUAAGUCAAUCUGUGAAUUGUGUUUUAUUGUGUACUGUAAAUUAAGUUUAUAUGAGAAUUCAAUAAUCGAGGAAAUACCAUAAGUUUUGUCAGUUGUGUGAUUGUGUUUUAAAAGUCUACCAGGAUUUGUGAUAAUACAUAUAACAAAGUAUCUAUAAUAAAAGUUUUAAGUGGGAGAUUAACAAGUGAAGUUUUAUUCUGCGCCAGUUAAGGUAAUCAUUCAGUUUUUGCUCUUACUCAUUUGAUUUUUUCACAUUUACUGUUAAAUGUAGAUUUGUUAUUGUUUUGUAAACAACAUAAUUUGUCAAGUUGUUACAAACAAAGCUUUGUGUACUGCAAUAGAUCUGUACAUGUUUCAAUGGCCCAAUUCUAUUUUCUGAUACACUGUGUUAAAAAGAAUUCAAAUUCAUAAAUUGAUUCAUAUAGCAUUGCUUUGUUAAUUUUAAA